CAGAUAGACCUCUGUCAGAGAGGUGUUAAAUGUUAAUCACUAUUCAUUAGUGACAAGUGAAAACCGAAAACAUUUUACAGAAAAAUAUUGUAGUUAAAUAUCGUAGAAUAACAAGAAUCGUCAACAUCGAUUUAACAUACAAGGCCGAUAAUGAUAUUUUAUCAGGUAAAUAGAAUCAUAGGCAAGAGUCAAAUUAUUAAUCAAUAUUUACGCCGAUUUCACAAUACAACUGUGUCACCGGCCAAAGUAUUGUAUCCGCUUCGAAGUCGAUCUUUACUUAAAAUAAAAGGCCAAGAGGCUUCGGUUUUUCUACAGGGCUUGAUAACAAAUGAUAUGAAACAUUUUGAUGAUGGCGCCAGGUCUAUGUAUGCUAUGUUUCUUAACAACAAAGGUAGAGUGUUGUAUGACACCCUUAUACACAGAUGGACAGAAGAAGAAUCUUUUAUGAUCGAGUGUGAUAAACGUGUAUUGGAUCAAUUACAAAAACACUUGAAAAUUUAUAAGUUAAAAAGAAAGGUACUUAUAGAAGAUGUAAACAAUGAACUUAUGCUAUGGGCCUUAAUAAGUUCUACCUUGCCCGAAAUAUCUGAUAUAAAAAACACGAUUACUGUUUACAAUGACCCCCGUCUUGCUGAACUGGGGUCAAGAGUUAUUUCUCCACUUAAUUUACAAGUAUCAGAUAUUGUUAAAGCCCUUGGAGGUGAUGCAAUAGUGGAGGAUGAUGAAACUGGUUAUAGAUAUUUAAGAUAUAAGUUAGGAGUUAGUGAAGGGGCUGAAGACUUGCCUCCAGGAAGUAGCUUCCCAUUAGAAGCCAACUGUGACUAUCUUCAUGGAGUUAGUUUUCAUAAAGGUUGUUAUAUUGGACAGGAAUUAACAGCUCGGGUCCAUCACACCGGUGUUGUGAGAAAAAGAAUCAUGCCCAUUAAGUUUAAUCAACAAAUAUCCGAAAACAUAGAUCUUAACACUGUUAUCUCAGCUAGUAACAAUCCUAAGAGUAAUUUGGGUAAACUAAAGGCUGUCAUGAAUGACCAUGGACUAGGAUUAAUUAGAGUCAAAGAAGCUCUUGAUGCAAAAGUUAUUUGCAUUGAUAAAUAUUCAGCAGAGCCAUUAAAACCUUCUUGGUGGCCAAUGGAAGCCCCUAAGGAGAUUCAAAAGAAUGAAUAACUAUUUUUUAUAGUUUUUGCAGUAAAUGCUACUAUAAUAUAUUAAAUAACCAUAUAUUUAUUAAUUAGAGCUAUGGAUAGUUCAAAAACAAAAGAUGAUGGCUCUCAAGCUGUGAUUACUCAUGCGUUUGUAUGUGCAGGAUGUGGUUUAAGUGAAACAAUCCAUUACAAAGGAAAAAGUCCACCCUUUUCAAGAAAGACAGAGCU